CCAUGAGAGCCCUCAGCGGUUCGGCGGGGAAGGGGCCACGGGCUGGGACGCCCUCGCUAAACAGGACUGCGCGGGGUCCCGUCCAGCCCGGUCUCGAAAGGCUCCGGGGACGUGGCGUCCCCCCGUUAUCAGGGCCGAGAAGGUGCGUUCUGAGGGGCCCUGAGGAGGCGGGGCGUUCCCGACGGCCGCCGGGGGAGGGCGGGGCCUCCCAGAAACGCCUGCGCUCUCGGCCGAGCCUCCCUUCAUAACCAUCACACCUAAUAGCAUCCCCUCGAGAGAAUGGCCUCGAAAAGAGCAUUGGUGAUUCUAGCAAAAGGAGCAGAGGAAAUGGAAACUGUAAUCCCCACUGAUGUUAUGAGAAGAGCUGGGAUCAAAGUGACUGUUGCAGGCCUAACAGGAAAAGAACCAGUGCAGUGCAGUCGAGAUGUCUUCAUUUGUCCUGAUGCCAGCCUCGAAGAUGCCAGGAAAGAGGGGCCUUACGAUGUCGUGGUCCUGCCUGGGGGUAACCUUGGAGCUCAGAACUUGUCCGAGUCUCCUGCUGUGAAAGAGAUUUUGAAAGACCAGGAAAGCAGAAAGGGCCUGAUUGCUGCUAUAUGUGCAGGUCCUACUGCCCUUCUGGCACAUGGGAUAGGGUUUGGAAGCAAAGUCACAACACAUCCUUUGGCCAAAGAUAAAAUGAUGAAUGGAGCACACUACAGCUACUCCGAGAGCCGCGUGGAGAAAGAUGGGAACAUCCUCACCAGCCGUGGGCCCGGUACCAGCUUUGAGUUUGGCUUGGCCAUUGUUGAGACGCUGAUGGGGAAGGAAGUGGCUGAACAGGUGAAGGCCCCUCUAAUACUGAAAGAGUGAAAUCCUGGUGUGGGUCAGGGAGUAGCACAAUUUCAGGUGGAGAGUCUUGUCCUUUGUAGAAUAACUGUAAGAUGCACUGUUGUAAAUACCAUUUAAUUGUGGGUGAAAUUAGCAACUGUACUUACCUAAACGGUGACACCUUAACAAACUAAUGGUCUUUUAUUUCUGGAAAAAGAUCCUGUUAGCAAAAAGCUUCAUCACAAAAAAGCAGCCAGCACAUAAUAUUCUUAGUUAGCUCUUGGAUGGCAGAUAAAAAUCACGUGGUCAAAUGUUUGCUGAGUAAAUAAAACUGAAGCAACCCUG